CUGACACACCCCCCCAGCCCCUCGAAGCCCCUGUACAAGAAGCCCGUGGAGAAGAAGGGCUGCAAGUGCGGCCGAGCCACACAGAACCCCUCGGUGCUGACCUGUAGGGGGCAGCGCUGCCCCUGCUACUCCAACCGCAAGGCGUGUCUGGACUGUAUCUGCCGCGGCUGCCAGAACUCCUACAUGGCCAACGGGGAGAAGAAGCUGGAGGCGUUCGCCGUGCCAGAGAAAGCUCUGGAACAGACUCGUCUCACGCUGGGCAUCAACCUCACCAGUAUCACCGCGGCGGCCCUCCGUAGCCCGGCCACCAGCUCCCCCGGCAACACCCUCCUCAACGUCACCACGGCGACAGGGGCUCCCGUAACGGCCACCUUCUUGUCGGGGGCGGGACACGACAACAGGGGCUUUGACGAUUCACUGGACAUGCGGUUUGACUGCUGAGGUACCCGCCCCCCUCCUCCGGUCGGUCGUUACGCACAUUCCCCGCACCGCCAGCUGGGCGUUAUCCAUCUGGGCGUGCCAGGGAGCGGCGGUGGCGGAGCCAGAACAAGGCAGCUACAGUGACAGGCGAUAGUGAGGGUCACCAGCUGAAGCUGAGGAGUCGCCCUCCGUCCAUCGCCCGAAACUGCACCAUGCUUGUGGUCUCGCAUACAGAUGCAGUGAGGAAGAGAAGGAAGGAAGGAGGAAGAGGUGUAGCGUUACUGUAUGUGCAGAGAGUUCAUUUCAGUGGGGUUAGAGUUUCUGUUUGUCGUUUUCUUCUCUACUAUGGGUAAUGUGUAGAGCAUGUCGUGUAGCUACGUCGGGAGAGCGUCGACCGCGGUCACACGCCUCUGUGUGUGUGUGUGCGCGCGCGUGUUUGUAUGUGUGUGUGCGUGCAUGUGAGUGUGUAUGUGUGAGGGGAAAGGUUUGGUUUGGAGAUGAACCUUUAUUAGCAGGAACGGAGACAUCAUCAUCAUCAUCAUCAUCAUCAUCAGAGACUGGUGUAAUUUAUAUAAAAAGAAAGAACUUUUUGUACAUGGACGUAUCAGUUUCCAUUUAAGAAGACAUUUUAUGAUAUAUUUUAUAAGUUACAUGAAAAACCAAUGGAAGCCGGCGCAGGGGCAGACCUGCAUUCAACCAGAAUAUUUUCACACAGGUAAACGCUUAGAUUGUAUUUUGUAAGCUCUGCUUAGACCACUAGAACUAAAGAAUAAAGAGUUGAGUAGUUGACUAUCAAAGACCCCUGAAAGAGAAAAACAACUGAACAUAAACUGCUAGAGGUUAAAACAUUUCUAAUAAUCCAAUGUUUGAUAUCUUUCACUGCAACAACCGGGAUGUGAAUCUAACACCACCAGCCAAAUGUACAUGUUAAUUUAUGUCUGUUCAAUGUUUAUCCUCUGUGAGCUGACGUCAGGCACCCAAACAGUAUUCUUAAGAUGUUAAUGUGUACUUAAAAAGAAAAACAUGAAUAAAACUGGUUCAAUGGUGAGUUUUAGAGUCAACCAACCGUUGUGGCUGGUGGGAGAUAAAACUUCGAUCCCUGGUUUUGCUGUUUGAUACGUCGAGGUUAAGUUAACCUGUUUAAUCAUUUGUGUGUUCUUGUAUUAAAAGCACUUUUCCCACUUUCUCUCACUGGUCACGCGCAGCUUAAAAACCACCAUGUUUUCUUCUGUUACUUGUGUUUUAAAAACUCUGGUUGAUUGCAGGCUGUGCACGUUGUUAUUCGCGAGUUUUUUUUGGUUUCUGGAAGCUACACACAUGCUGCUAAAAUACCACAAAGGACUCGAGAAGGAGAGCACACCUGUUUUCCUUUUUUGUCUUUUGUUCUUGUUUUGUUUUUUUAAAAAGUUGCGUUAACAUCAUUUUGCAGUAUUUAUUGGACGUCUCCUAACAUCACGUGUUGGGCGUCAGUUCUGCCCUCUCUCUGUCUGUCGAUCAAGUCUGGACUUUUUCUGUCUCAGUUAAGUUGCUGUCUCCUUCUUAGUGUUAGAUUCUGGUGUCUCCAAACAGUUUUUCUUUUUUUGUUCUCCCUCUGGGCAUUUAAAUACCUGUAAUAUAACUGUAACAUAUUUCCACAAAAAAGAAAGAAAAUCAAAAACUUA